AUGCGGGGCAAGACAAAACGCGACCAGUCACUAGAAGAGUUGAGACGGCAUAUCCACUCAAGCUAUAUACCGCUCGGCCGCCAGUUCAUGGUGCUGUUCCCUGAAGGUGGUUUCUUGCAUAAAAGGAGAGAAAUUAGUCAAAGAUAUGCAGAGAAAAACAACUUGCCCAAAUUGGAAUAUGUUUCGUUGCCGCGAGCCGGAGCUUUGAAGGUGAUCAUGGAUGAAAUUGGACCACACGAAGAUGAAGAGGCGACCACGUCUAAGAAUGAUACCAAAAAAGAUAACAACUUCAACCAAAGCAACUCAACAAAGAUUUUGAACAACAAAAUGGGCGACCGCGUCGAGUGGGUGCUGGACCUCACCAUCGCAUACGAAGACCGCAUACCGCUGCAUUUGCAAGAUGUCGUGUGCGGUACAAGACCGCCUUGUACCACGCACCUCCACUAUAGGCUAUAUCCUAGUACUGAGAUACCCUCUGACACUGAAGGUAUGACGCAGUGGCUCUACGAUAGAUUUAUUGAAAAGGAUAAGAUGCUCGAAGAGUUCUACCGUACGGGAAAGUUUCCUUCAAAAGGAUCCACUCCACACGUAGUCCGGCGCGUUAGGCAAGACAAUCUUCGGUAUCUGAUACUCCACUUGUUCUUUAUAGCGUCUACAUUUGUACAAUACAAGUUGUGGGGUGUUCUCUGGGGUUACCUGUGGUAA